ACAUUCAGCUCGGCAGCUUGACGCUUGGCUUGGCGGCUUGGCCAGCUUGGCUUUGAGUCAAGAAAAAUGGCAGCCGAGGUGGCCGAGGUAUCGCUUGAGCCGAGCGUCGCUGGCGCAAAACCAUUCCAACCCGGCGAUGAGUUGGCGACUGAACUGCCCGAAUUCAUUUCCCUGCUGAACCAAGUCAGGGAAAAGGCGGACCUCGUGAGUGGCGCUGUCAGGAAUCUCCGGACUCGAGCCCAAACGGGGGAACUGAACACUGGCAAGGGUUUGAGUUUUCUCGAGAUGAAGAAUCACGUGAUGCUCUGCUACCUGCUGGAUGUUACCAACGUGGUCUGGAAGAAGGUGACCGGGCGGAAAAUCUCGAGCGACCCUUGCAUCCGCCGACUCAUAGAGGCCCGGACGGUCCUGGAGAGAGUACGUCCCAUUGACCAGAAACUCAAGUACCAAGUAGACAAACUUGUGAGGACUGCCACUGUUGGGGCCAUCAAUGCGGAUGACCCGCUUCGCUUCAAGGCCAACCCCGCAGCUCUCCAAGCGAACAGUGGCGACGAAGAGGCCCACGAGGAGUCGGGCCAGGAGAGUGGCAGGGCGCAGGAGGCCAGGGUCAGGGCGUACAUGCCCCCCAAGCUGGCACCCACGCACUACGAGGGCGACCUGACGGAGAAGGAGCGCCGGGAGCGUGUGCUGGAGCGUGCCAAGAAGCGAGCCCUGAGCAGCAGUGUCAUGAGGGAGCUCCGCAGCGACUUCUACGAGGGACCCGUCGAGAUCAAGGACACGUACAGCACGCACCGGGCCAAGCAAAACCAGGCCAUGCAGGAGCGGACCACGUACGAAGAGGACAACAUGCUCAGGCUGCAGCUGACCAAGAAAGAAAGGAACAUGGCAAAGCAGCUGGGUACAAUGUCCAACCUGAAGGAGCUGACGCACUUCGGAGACUUCUCGGCGCUGGACGCAAACACCGUCGACGACCUCCAGCCGUCUAGGAAAAAGCCCAAAAAGGUGUACAAGAAGAAGUGGGGCAAGAAAGGUUUCCGGAAGGGGAAGCGGUGAUGUUUGCUGGAAGACAACAUCCCCACCUGUCCGCGAUGAGAAAUUUACCGUAAUCCCUCUUUGCCUGAAAUGGACCUACCCAACGAAAUAAAGUUGCUUAGAAGAGAG